AUGGACCAAAACAGCAAAGAGAUUCGACGUCAGAGAAGAAUAAAACACGAUGAAAUGAAAAUAAUGAAAAUGAAGCAACGUUUAUAUACCUUAGGCGGUCGAAGUACAUUUCAUGGUAUUGAUGUAUUAUUAGAAGCCAAACCCGGUUGGAGUAGAAGACUAACGAUUUUGAUUUUAAUCACAAUGUGUGUAGCGUGUUUCUUCACUGUAUCUGACCUAAUAGCAGGAUUCAUCAAUAUGCCUAUUUCGACUGUAAUUAAUUACGGACAAAAAAGUUUUGAAUUUCCCACGGUAAACAUUUGUCCAGACAGCCCAAUGAGUAUUGAAAGGCUGAAAAAACACCCUGAUCUUCGAAAAAAGUAUUUACAAAUUGCAGCUUAUUGGAUAGCCAAGGCUUCAGGUGAUAAUUCAAAAUGGCCACCUACAAAUGGAGAUUGGCGAAUUCGGGCUAAGCGUACUUUUCGUCCACAUUUCUUAUACAAUAGAACACGAUUAAUGUGGAAAUGGUCAGACUAUUUUGUAAGUUGUGAAUAUGGUGGAACUCCGUGUAAUAUUGAUGAAGUUAGCGUGGAUAUACCUUUGGGUGUUAUGUCACAUGCGAAUACCCUACUGCUUGGUACAGAAGGUGUAGCGAAACUGAAUGUGGUGCCAAGAGGCUUAGUAAAAGCAGUCAGUAGUAAUGUUGAAGAAAAUGAUUUGCCUUCAAUGUGGUUCAAUGGGAAACCGAUUAUUCAAGAAGAAAACACUGCUCCAAAAAACUGGUCAACUGGAAGAGUUAUUUUAAUUGAUCAUCCAUCGAAGUAUAUUUGUUUCCAGUCUAAAUCAGGUAUAAAUUUCUUUAUUGAAUACACACACUACCUCAAGAUAACAAUGAAUAAUACCAUGGUACGUGAGCCCGGAUCGAUUAAAGGCCUUCACUUGGUUUUACGUCGACCCUACAACAGGAAAACAACACAACCUGCAUUACUGACAGUUGAAUCAAAGCCUUCAAUCCUACAGGCCUGGGAUGACAGAUUAUUCUUGUCAGACGAAUCAAGUGAUAAAAAAUCAUAUGACAUAAAAAAUGUCCAUAAGUUUGACGGUUUUCACAUCAUGUUACAUGGAAAUAAAGGAGAUGGUUAUGCCGGUGAUCUACCUGCAGACGAAAUCUUCAAGGCUGGCAGUGCACGAUCAAUUGUUUCCUUUGGACUUCGGUAUGGUCAACACGUCAGUGUCGGUGUUAGUCAGUAUGUUCAUCAAAGACUGUCAACACUUUUUCGACCAUGCAGACAAGCACUUGCACAUCAUAAGUAUCUGCAAAUGGCUACUUUCUUUGCCUCUGGUGGCACUUUAUGGAGGUAUUACCAGCUGGGCUAUACGCAUACAAAUUGUGUUGCACAAAUGCGGCAACUUGUUAUGCUUAGACAGUGUGAAUGUUUAUCCGAGGAUUAUCUAAUUCCUACACAAAUGGCUGGUGAAUUAGUUGAAAAUGGAUUCUGUCAUUCCCCCAAUAAGAAAUAUAAAAGUGGCACAGAAGAGUUUAUGAAGCGAAUCGCAUGUCAUGAUCAUGUUGCGGCACUACCACGAGAAAAAAUCGUUGAAAUGACAAUACCAGCAGUCUAUGAAACAGCAAUACUCGUACAACUGACAAUGGAGUUGGAACGAUUAUGGAAUUGUCCGAAAUUCUGCCAAGAACUAGUUUACCAGCCUGAAAUUAUUCAGCACCAAACCAUUCUAAAUAGCAUAAUUCUUAAAGGUGAAAAGAAACAGCCUGAAGAGAAUAUAUCAUCAGAAGACUUGGCUGUUAUCACCGUCUACGCAAGCGAAGCCAGUGUGCCGAUAAUGAGUGAAGGUGAACAAAUGAGUAUCUUUAAUUUGGUUGCCUCUCUCGGAGGUGCAUUUGGUUUGUUCUUAGGACUAUCUGGAGUGACAGUGUUCGAAAUCCUUGAGGCAUUAUGUGUGAUUAUCUAUACGUUCCCAGCAGUGUGUAGAAUGCUUGGACGUAGAAUUGCUAAAUCUGCUACCGAACGCAAAAGAAGGAAACAAGAAAUCUCAAUUAAAUUGAUACAGAGUGGUGAAAAUAUACAUUAA